UGGGAAGAUGAGAAGCCGCCAUGUUGAGUGUGGCUGAAGGACUGUCAGGCGAGGCCCCGACUAGGCUCUUGGGUCCUGGGUGCAGGGUACGGGAGGAGGCACUUUGGCCCCAGGAGCUAGCAGCGCGCGUCCCCACCGCCAUGGCUGUACGGUCGGUCACUCUCGGCAUUGACCUGGGCACCACAUCUGUGAAGGCGGCCUUGGUGGAGGCCGCGCCCGGCGACCCAUCCGGGUUCGUGGUACUGGCGAGCUGUGCCCGGCCUACGUUGGCCGAGGCGGUGCCCCAAAGCGCGGCGGCCGGGCCCCAGGGGCGGGAGCAGGAUGUGAGCAGAAUCAUCCAAGCCUUGAACGAGUGCCUUGCCGCCCUCCCCCGGCAGCAGCUCCGAAAAGUCUGUGGCAUCGGAGUAUCAGGACAGAUGCAUGGAGUCAUGUUUUGGAAAACAGGCCAAGGCUGUGAGUGGACAGAGAGAGGGGCCACUCCUGUGUUCGAGCCCAGAGCUGUGAGCCACUUGAUCACAUGGCAGGAUGGCCGAUGUAGCAGCAGGUUCCUGGCUUCUCUGCCCCUGCCAGAGUCCCAUCUCCAUGUGGCCACAGGGUUUGGUUGUGCAACCAUCUUCUGGAUUUUGAAAAAUAGCCCAGAGUUCCUGAAGUCAUACGAUGCAGCUGGCACCAUCCAUGACUAUGUGGUUGCCAUGCUGUGUGGCUUGCCAAGAUCCCUGAUGUCUGACCAGAACGCCGCUAGCUGGGGAUAUUUCAACACCUGGAGCCAAAGCUGGAACUUGGAGAUACUGAGGACCUCAGGCUUUCCCAUCCACCUGCUCCCAGACAUUACCAAGCCUGGCAGUGUGGCAGGCAGAACGUCCCAUGCAUGGUUUGAUAUCCCAGAGGGGACACAGGUGGGCGUGGCCUUGGGAGAUCUACAGGCCUCCGUCUAUUCCUGUAUGGCCCAAAGGACAGAUGCAGUUCUCAACAUCAGCACCUCAGUUCAGCUGGCAGCUUCCAUGCCUUCAGGAUUCCAGCCAGUGCAGACUCCAGACCCUACAGCUCCAGUCACCUACUUCCCGUAUUUCGACAGGACCUACCUGGCAGUGGCAGCAUCGCUCAAUGGGGGCAAUGUGCUGGCCACAUUUGUCCACAUGCUGGUCCAGUGGAUGGCACAUCUAGCAGGCCUGGAAAUUGCUGAAUCCACUGUUUAUUCACGCAUGAUUGAGGCAGCUGCACAGCAGAGAGACACCUGCCUAACCAUCACUCCAACGGUGUUGGGCGAGAGACACCUGCCAGACCAGCUGGCCUCAGUGACCAGAAUCUCUUCCUCUGACCUCUCCCUGGGGCACGUGACCCGGGCCCUGUGUCGAGGCAUUGUUCAGAACCUGCACUCUAUGCUUCCAUUUCAGCAGCUCAGAGAGUUGGGGGUGGAGAGAGUGAUUGGCAGUGGGAGUGCGCUGUCCCGGAACGAGGUGCUGAAGCAGGAGGUUCAGAGGGCUUUCCCUUUGCCAGUGUCCUUUGGGCAGGAUGUGGAUGCAGCUGUGGGGGCAGCUCUGGUCAUGCUGCAGAGAAACCUAAACCAGAAGGAGACUUAGUCAGCACACUCUUUGGCCAAAGGACUAUUGCAGAUUUUAUCUAAUUAAUGUGCCCAACGUGAACUUAUGUUCAUCCUUUUCCUAGACAGCUUUUAAGCAAUGGUUGUUCUCCGAGUACCAUCGUGACCAAGAACCUGCCUUCACAGCACACUGUGAUAAUGCAGCCAGGAGUCAUCAACCACAUCUCCAGUCAGUACCUUCUGAAAGAGACUUGCCUGGACCUGGAUGCAAGUGUAAAUGUGGGAAAAAGAGAGAAAGAAAAGGAAUGGUGGCCCAGCAUCCUGAUCUGCAGGCUCACCUGUGAUUCACUUGUAGACAAAGAGAAAAUAAAUGAGGACUUCAGACACCGAAAAUUCUGCUGGCUGUGGACUCCAAGUAAGAAAAGAAGACCCGCCUCUCUACCUUUCAUCCAGCUUUUGGAUUGAUUGUUUUUAGGGACAUGAAGCCCAGACAUGGGUCACAUGCACUGUUGGAGAAGUCCUUUCCUACUGGAUUGUACCAUGUCACCCUGAGGCCCCUUUCCCAGUCUUGCUCUCCUCUGGGCAGGGGGUGGCCCAGGGACUGUAAGGCAGGCUGGCUGAGAUGAAGAUGUGUGUGGGUAUGUGCUGGCCUUGCCAUGUGCUUCCCCCUCCAAGGAGAGCCUGCUGCACUGGGGCAGCCCCAGAUCCUCAGAGCACAGCUGGCUUGAAGGCAUGUAACAGGGAAGGAAAGGUGAAUGGCAUGGCUGGCAAGGGGGUUGGAUGCUGUGUGACCCUGCCAUUCAGGGACAUUGUUCCCAAGAGUCUCACCAGGUACCAGCAUGACGCUUUUCCGGGAGUGUCUCUGUGCAGUAGUGUGUUUUUGCCCCAUCUAUCCCUAGGAAGUCUUCCAAGAGAAGGGCUGUCCUGGGCCUGCUAGCAUGUGGGUGGCUAUUUAAUCAGAGGGAGCCCUUUAUCCUGCAGGCCCGGCUCCUCUUUCUCUGGGUGUAUGCCUUGCUUACCUACCAUGUGCUCCUGGUGCACAGAAACAUUCCACUUGGGUUGGCAUCUGUGCAGGGAUCUCAGGGCAUCUUAAACCUUCCUGUGGUUGGUAGGGAUGACCAUGGAAUGGCUUCCAGGAGAGGGCCACCAUUGCUGCAUCUACUUCCAGACUCCCAAGGUUGAUCCCAGGCUCAGGCAGGCCUGACUCUGAUUUGGGAAGCAGUCAUGUUGUCUCAUUGUAAGUGUCACUUUAUGAAUUACAUAGUUGUCCGAAGCUCAGAUUAAUCUGCCUGGCUGUGCUGAUUGAAUUUCAGAUACUAAAGCUCAUUCUUCCAGAGCUUCUUCCCUUUAAUAACACACUUCUCUGCUUUGGGAAGACUGUAUGUGAUGGCACAGCGGCAGAGCUGGGCUUGGGAGGUUGGGAUCAUUUGUAGGUUGUCUGGAAGAAAAGCACUGCCUGCCCCAUGGUCUGCCAGGACAGGUGGCUGCAGAUCCCUCAGGAAAGUCAUGUAAUUUUUCUCUCAGUGGAAUGAGUUGACACCAUCAUUUUCGGUCCCGAGAGGAAGGCCUGUGAGAGAAGGCACCUUGGGACAGGCUGAAGAAUAAUUGAGAGCCCUAUCCAUUAGGAAGAUUCAGUCCUCUGAAUUCAGGGCAGCAGCCUGUCUUGCAUUUUCAGGAGCUGUGGAUGGAGUCUGUAAAGAUAAGAUUAGGAACGAGAUGGGUGUCCUGCAAGCCCAGGCAGCCCAGCCCAAGUGCCCAACAGGAUGUUGAAACUCUGUUCCCUUUCCAUGUGUCCAUUCUGCCUCUGAGGACAGCCUUGCACAGCUCAAGCUUGUCAGCUAAUAGGCCGGCUGCUGUUUCUGUUGCAUGUGGCCUGGAGCUUCUGCGGGGGUAGGGGAGUGGGGGCUGGGGGUGUUGAGUACAGCUGCCAGGGCCUCAUUUCUCCAGCCUGAAGUCACAAACCAUUCACUGCUGCUCUCAUUCUUGGGAGGUACGAGAGUGAGACCAGAAUGAUCCUCAGAUGAGGAAUGGGGCCUUUGGGGCUGUCUACCAGUGUCCUAAUCUUAUAAGUAUGUGGUAGGCUUGUACUUUCCUACCUGAUUAGCUUCAGCCAGUAAAAUGUGAACAAAAGCAUAUCACUUCUAGGCAGAACCCUUUAGGCACCAGUGUGUGAUUUGCCACACUCCCUUCCUUUGGCUGCAAGUGACUGGUGGUGUCCCAGAGGGCCGAGGCUCUGUCAGCUUGGGUCCCAUGUGAGGGUGGUAUUGUGUAGGGCCUUCAUCAGUCAGCAAGCCACAUGCAGUGUGGCUGAGAAAUGAAUCUUUGAUGUUUGAAGCCCCUUAGAUUGGGGGUGUAUUACCAAAGCCUAACUUGGCUCAUCCUGACCUCUACAGCCACAGCAGAGGCUGUGCCUGCGAAGGCUUAGUGCACCCAGAUGAGCUGGAUUUCACGAGCAUCUACCAGGAGCUGGGUGUUCUGUCAGGAAGAGUGACAUGCUGUUGAAUUUCUGUCCCUUGGGAAUGACAUCCAUACUCUUGACAGAUCUACUGACACAUGCAGGAGCAAUUCAUUCUUCAUGCAAUGACAUCGAGUGAAACCUUGGAGAGUUUCAAUCCAUGGAUACAAUAGCUAACCUACUAUAUACUGGGAGCUAAUGUAAACUCUACUUAUUUGAAUUCAUUUGAUCUUCACAAUGAUCCUAGAAGGUGGGUACUAUCAUUCCCAUUUCUUGGAUGAAGAAACAGAGCCUUACUUAACCAAGAAGAAAGUUAAGUAACCAACUUAAGAUCCCAGUGCUAGGAAUCAAACCUUAGAGCCCACUUUCUUUAGCACUCUAGGUAGAAUGGUCUGGCCAUGCAAACGUAUUUCUGUUAAAGUGGUUAGCAUGUCCAGGAUAUAAUAAAUUGUCUGGUGUGACUUGGUCAAAGGGAAAAAGCAGGGUGUCAUAGGAGGUGUGACUGGAAAUGUUGGCCAUUGUGAAGGAUCUUGGAUGCCAGGCUCAGGGGACUGGUUUUCUCCUGAAGGUAGUCGAGUGGAGAACUGGGGCUUCAUGGGUUUUAGGAGUAUAGCUGCUGGUUCUGUGGACUUUGGGUUGGAGGAUGGUGUUACAGAAGGUGGGGGCUCAGUUGGAGGAGCCUAGGAAGUAGCCUGUGAGGGAUGGUGGAGCCUGAGCCAGCAUGGGGCAGAGGAGUGACUGCCUGCUCUCCAGCUCACUGCCCCUCCCCCUGCCACACACACCCUUCCUCUGGCCGUAGACUAUGCCCAUAAGUUUAUAUGGCUUUCACGUUCUCUAUUUUUCUUUCCUUCUCAAGUGGACUGAAGGCUCCCUGAUGGCAGGGUCGCUAUGAGGUGUUUCUUUCCUGCCCUCCCUCUGCUUCUUAACAUGGUCUGCUGCCUGUGUUUGGAAUGUCCCCCCAUGGCAAAACCCUGCCCUGCAUCCAAGGCCAGCUCAAAUGCUGUCCACCUGCUGCACACCAUCUCCCUGGGAGCAUAUUUGCCACUGGGUUACAAUUGUACCUGACAUCCAGGACCCUACUCAGUGUUCACUGUUUACAUGGCCUGUGCCUGUUAUAGGAGCCCCGCCCUGUGAGUGUCACAGCCUAGCACGUCCCCCUCCUCAUCCAUCCUGGCCUCCUGGAGGGCAUAGACCAUCUUAUUCACCCUACUCACUGCUGUGGGGUUGCAAAGUGCACAGUGGGCUACAGAAGAGAGGGUUGGUCAAGCCUGACCUCUUCUCUCACCAGGGUUAGAUGGGUAGACCACAUCUUUGAAAGUGAGAUAUUCUCAGGGUAGAGAUGUUCAUUGCAUGACUCAUGAAACAUUAAGCAAAUCUUAUUUUUUUUGUCAUUAAAAAACAAUUAGUCACAACCUCGAGCUAAUGGCCGGAUCCAGCUCAGCAGUCAGUAGAUAUGGUUCUCAUCUGAAAUAAUGAUCAUGAGAACAAUAACCUCUCAUGCCUGCCUAGAGCUUUACCAGCUCACAGGGCCAAUUCACAUCCAGUAUCCUCCCUCAUCCACAGAAAAGUCCCGUAAAGCAGGUAGACAGUUGCUUUUACCCAUUUUGUGAGAAAAGAAGCAGGUCCAGAGCUUCCGCCAUCAACCCAAGUUCAUGCAGCUGGCGUCUGGCCCAGCUGGGCUUCUCUCCCCCUUCUGUUCACUGCCCAGAUCCUCAACCCUUCCCACUUCUCAUUUGCAGUCCCUGCCCUGUCCCAGCUCUGCAGAGCAGGGCUCCGCCGUCAGGUGCCGAGAGGAUGCCAGAUGCCUCCCAGUCAGGUGGCCAGCUCCGUCCACUUCCGGGACAUGCUGACCUCCCUCACAGACCUUGCCCUCCAUGGGAGCCAACUCAUGUAUCUACCUGGGAACACUAAAGCACAGGCCAAAUGCAGAAAAGAAAGGAGUUUUCUUCCAGGUUUGCUCUUUGCCAUCUGGAUCUGGGACCUGUGAACCUUUUAAAAUCUGGGAGGCAAGACACAAAAAUCAGGGAAGUGAAAUGUCAGCAGGAGACUUAGAAGGCCAGGGCCAAACUAGCAGAGUUGUUACUGUUCUUGGUGGGGUCCAGGCACCUGCGGUAGUGCCUGCACAGCUCUCCAGGGCCUCCGUUAGCGCUGCUGGGUCCCACCUGGUUCCUCCGCGGUGCCGGCUGAUGGGUCCUGAUUUUGAAAAUCAGACUUUUUCAGCACAUGGGAGUUUGCUGGUUUCUAGCUGUGCCAGAAAGUCUGGCUUCAAAUCUGAGGAUGAAGAAAAUAGGUAACGCUCCUAUUGCCAGGGUCAAGGGCUCAGUUUAGGUCAAUGUGCCCCCUGGUGGUAACAGUAAAAGAGAGAACUGUGGCCCAUAGUGAUAUAGGUCACAUCGGACUUGGCUUACCUAGCUGCUGGUGUGGCCUCUAGCACUUUCCUGUGCUGCCUCCCGUACCCAUCAGUCCUGAACUUGAAGAAGCACCCCCUCCCAAAAUUCAUCAUUAGAAAAUGAUCUGCUCACAAGGAGUUUUAAUGGGUAUGUCAUUACAUAGAUUCAAGAACACCCUGUUGCACAUUAUGACCCAGGAAGCCACCGAAGGCAGUGAUGCCCAGCCCUGAGGUCUUGCCUCUGCCAUCACUGCACAAGUUUUAGUUUUAGUAGAGCCACUCAGCAUAAGUGCUGCUCAGAUAAAGGCAGGCCAAGAAAUGUUUAUAGCUUGCUGCUUGGGCAAGGCACAGAGAUAGGGUUAGAGGCCCGAGCACCCUAUCUCACCCUGGAGACAUUAAAAUCUAUGAAGCAAGACUAACAUCAGAAAAAUUAAAGCUCAACACAAGCUUUAGGCAGCUCCUGAUGAGACUUGUAUGGUUGUUACUGACCUUGGGCAGGUUUUAUAGCCUGCUUAUGCUUCCUUUCCUUAUCUCUAAGAUGGGGAUAAAAUCAUACUCAGCUCACUUAGUGAAAGUCCAGUGAGAUGGUGCAUAUCCUGUAUCUGGCAUGCUGCACAUGCUCAGUAAGUAUUCACUGCUGUUAAUGUCAUUGUGAUCAUAUGUACCAGUUGCCACAGGAAGGCACAGGUUGAUUUGGAAUUUCUAUGGGAGUUUAUAGAGGUGAGUGCUUUAGGUUGGACCCUUGAGCAGGAAGGCUUUUUGGAUGAGGCAGGAGUUGAAUGAUAGAAUCUCGCAUCCAUAAACCUCACUUGUCAACUCAGCCUUAGAGAUGGGUUAAGUGGGGUGGAUAGUGCGAGCACGUCGGGCAGGAGGGGGGCAGGCAAAGUGUGAAGGCAGGCAUGGGAAGUGUGGCUGGGGAGGAGAUGUGUGUAGGUGACAGGAGGAGGUGGCCACACGGGGAGUGGAGGAGGGCUGAGGGCUGAGGGUGACAGGCUGAGGCGGGUAGGCCUUGUUCAGUAAGGGGGUGUGAUCAGGACAAUGUUCUAGGCCCUUUGGAUUGGGAGGGGCAGGCUGGGGGUGUUGGACUGGGGAAGGAAGGUAGUUCUGUUGCUUCAGGUGAGAAGUGGCUGCCAGUUGCAUAGAGGGACGAAUGUGAGCCACAGAAACAUAGCCCAGACAGCAUGAGGCAGGAGAGGGUGGAGAUGACGAAGUGCAUCGGACUAGGUGACCCAAAGAAAGUUGGUGCCUUUACAGGCAAGCCCAUUGAGGGGAGGGAAUGUGGAAGCAAGAGGGGUCCAUCUGGGCAUGCUGAGGGGAAGAGGCUUGUGGUCUUCACCUGGAGAUUACAGGAGGCAGGGAUGAAGCUCAGGGAAGUGCCUGGGCUGGGCACCCAGACGAAGGAGUCCCGGCUUGGGAAUGUCAUAUGGGUCCAUGGGGGGCGGUGAGAGUCUCAGAGAUGGAUGGGAGGACAUAAGCGUCCUGUGAGCCCCUGUGUGUAGGUGAAGGGCAUGGCAAGGGGAGGCAGCCAAGGAGACCAAGAAAGUUGUUAGGGAAGGAGGAGAAGGGCCAGGAUUUCCCGUGCAGCCCUUGACGCUUUCUCCGAGCCAUGAAUACUCUGGGAGUUGUUGUCAGCACCCAGUGGCUCUGUUACAAAGGGGAAACAUGUAGUCAUGUUGUCCUCACUGGAGGCAGAAAUCACUUUGGAGGCUAAGGGGACUGUUUUUGGUGGACAAACGCUACCCUUCCCUUUCCUGGGUAUUACCUCCGGGCUGGGCUGGCUCCUCUGGUUCCUUUCUCAGAUGUCCCCCACCUGUGCCCUCGGGCUGCCCACAGCUGAGACCUGGGCCUGGCCUGGCAGGGUGUGAGUGUGGGACUGUGCCUGCUGCAGUAAGGGCACGUCAGUGUCCAUUCUGAGGUGUUCCCUGAGACAUCUCUGGCCCACCUCUGGUUAGAAGGGACAAUGACUUAUGGGUUGAGGGAUCACUGCUGGUGAGUUUUCUUAAAUAUGUGUUAACAGAGGAUUAUGUAGUGAUUAAGAAUGAAUUCCAUGACCCAGCAAUCCCACUUCUGUGUAUGGACUCAAAAUAAUUGAGAGCCAGGACUCCAAGAAAUAUUUGUACACCCAAGUUCAUAGCAGCAUUAUUCACAAAAGCCAAAGGUGAAUGCAACCCAGGUGUCCAGCAGUAGAUAAAUGGCUAAACAAGGUAUGGUAUAUACAUACAAUGGAAUAUUAUUCAGCCUUAAAAAGGAAGACAAUUCUGUAAUAUGCUACAACAUGGAUGAACUUUGAAGACAUGAUGCUAAGUGAAAUAAGCCAGUCACAACGGGACAAAUACUAUAUGAUUCAGAUUGUAUGGCGUGCUUAGUCAAAUUCAUAGAGGCAGGGAGUAGAAUGUGGUUUCCGGAGGCUGGGAGUGGGGAGAGGAAUGGGAAGUUAGUGUUUAGUGGGUACAGAAUUUCAGUUUUGCAGAAUGAAAAGAGUUCUGGAGAUGGAGGGGGUGUGAUGGUUGCACGUAUUGUGGAUGUACUUAAUGCCACUAAUCUGUACCCUUAAAAAUGCUUAAAAAUUGUAACUUUUAUAUGUAUUUUACCACAGUUUCAAAAAUAAAAGAACGAGUUCCAAGGCUCAUUUCAAGUAAAGUGAAAA